AUGAAAUAUGACAUGAGCCUGCGUAAAGAUGAGCUCUCCAGCGCCCCUCCUGCUCCGACUGUCAAACAGUUGCUCGCCGGGUUUCAGAGCAAGUUGGAGGACGACAACAGAUUCCGGAAACCGCCGCCGUGUGAGUUUUUCCCAGAUUUUGCUUCAAAGUUUUUCAAAAAUUGAUUGAAACUUCUUCAAUGUUAUCGGCGCUUUGAGAGUUAAGGCGCGUGAAAGGUUACGAAACACUUGGUCAAACAAUUCCAAAGUUUUCAAACAUUUCCCUCUCUAGCUCAAAAAGCUCUAGAAUCCCUGAAAACUAAGAGAAAUAGAAGAGAAGCCCAAGUUUCCCAGGCCGUCCUGCUUCUGGUUUUUUAUUUCGUGCCGGCAAAUAAGGGGCGAAACAACAUGUUUGCUCAGCCUUCCUCACUCACUUCCACCCGCUUUGGCGAUGUUUUUCGUCAAUUUCGCAACUUUACCUUAAAAACACUGGUAAUCACAUGAAAAGGUGUGACUUUUCACGAAAAUCCCGCCGGAUUUGUUUACCAGAGAGUGCCACUUGACUCCGCCGCCACCGACCGAAAAAAAGGCGAUUUGGAGGGAGGGCCGAGGUUAUCCAUGAGAAAUGGAUAGAUAUACAGUCCGGAUCGGAUAAUUAGGAAGUCAAGGAUAAAUGGGAGCGGUCAACGAAGGAGGUGCUGAUGAAGAUGGACGGUUCGGUUCCGCAGGGGCAAGGCGUUACGAAAUUGCCUGAAAACAACACCACCGUUCAGUUGAUUUCUUCUAAAUCUUCUCGAUAGACUUCCCCUUUUCUCGAAUUUCAUAACCCGCGACCACCCAGCCGAUCUCUCAUUUAAUUCUCCCGCCGAAUGUCAACUGUCGACGGGGUGUAAUCGAGUGAGUCAACCCUUUGGAACAACAAAAACGUCUACUUCGUUUCCGAAACGAAACGGAUGUUCUGAGAAGAUUAGAAGUCGGCGCGAAGUCUAGAAAUAUUUUUGCAUUUUCGGUUUUACGGCUGCAAUUCGAUUUACAACCCUUUCUUCGACGAGAAUUGUGACCUUAUGAAUGCGAAAAUGGAAAUGAAUAAUGAAUAUGCCGUGAAGGUUGAGAAUGAUGGCUGCUAAGGGAAGUUCAAUACGAAAAAGAGGAGCCUGGUAUUUAGGAAACAACAGAAACAUCUUCAUAGAAUACUCUUCAAGGAUGUGCUUGCUGAAUCUUCUCAUCAAAGAGUUCGCACCAUCUUUCGAAUAUUUCCAAAAAUGAGCAAGUGUUCUCUUUUCAGUUCCCCGCCGAGCGCCUCCACCACCGCCCCAUCGGAAACCGCCGCUGACGCCUCCGCCCUCUUCCUCUUCCUCCCCCGCGUUCUCCGAUCAGACGUUCUCCACAGAUGCAGACACCCCAGACAUUCCAGGAUCCCUUCGUAGAAGCCUCGGACCCAAACCGAAGGUGGCGCCGAAGCCGCUGUUCUUGAACAAUGGCAGUACAUUGGUGAGUCCGAGAACCGAUCGAGCACAAAAACAGGUGUGUAAAUAGAGUUGAACCGAAGAUUCGCUUCCCGUAAAACACUCGAAAGUUCCCUUCGCUCCGGUAAAGUCCAUUCAACCUUGACCGGCACUCUUUCUCCCUCUCCUCGCUUCUUUUUUUUUCUUCAUCUUCUGAAAAAUUGCGCUUCGCAUCGGCGUCUCUGUGAAUCGUUGUUCGCCGCACGGUGGGUGUCUGGUUGCUGUGAACAUUACCAGUUGCCUCUCGGCGUACAAGCGUGGCGUCAUCGAUCGUUUUUUCCUCAAAUCGGGGGCAGCAGCAGUCACAAAACACACGCAUAAUCCGGCAAUAAGUGCUUGCCUUUUGCCCCUCACUCUGACUACUGCCCAUUGCGCCAUUCAGCCAGCACACGCGGCAGGUCAGCAUGAACUUUGAGGUAGGUUCUCGAAAGUGGAUGCUUAUUUCUUAUCCAUAAUCUUAGAAAUGAAAUGACGAAACAUGAAACACUUAUCCUGAUCAUCGAUCGAAUAAUAGAAUUCCAACGUUUCGCAACCCGACGUUUCGCUCGGGUUUCUGAUUAGUAUUUCAGUACAUCUGUUCCGAAAUUCAGAAUUUCGGAAUUCCGGUUCCGCCACAAUUCUUCAAAAUGAUGAUGUCAGUGUACUUGUGUUUUCUGAACUCCCCGAGAAAGAAACUGAUGUAUCGUGCAUCGGCGCUCACAACUUUACACCCUUUUUCCAUCUCUAUCAUUUUGUUUUUUCAGCUGGCAUCAAGUUCCUCCACCGAUAUUCCGUCCUCGUUCCGCCCGGAAGUGAGCACUCCGACCAUCCUCGUCUCACCGGUCGUCGACAAAACCGUCGGUUUCACGAAUGGAUUCGCAGAGGCUGCCGAGAACGGAAACGGAAUACGAGAGCGGGCGAAGCAGCUGGAGAACCUCGGUUUCGUGCCGAGGAGCAACAGUGGAGCAUCGCAGAUUGAGAGGUUUGAGAAGGGAAAAAAGCAGAACGAAAAGAACUAGUGAUUUCAGACCUAUCUCGCAAGUGUCGACACUUUCGCAAGUGAGCGAUGAGUUCGACGACGGCGAUACGACCGCUUCAGAAGACGAAUCGAUGACAGACGAGAAGCAAUUACGAAGACAUCGUCACGAAGACGACUUCGACGAGCUGCCGCUGCCACGAACGGAUCGGAAGACGACGAUGGUGGCGACGACGCAUUCGGAGAUCAUGCACGAGAUGGAACACCUUUUUGUGAAGUGAAUCGUUCGCUUUGUUCGCUUUCCAUUCUCUAUCAUUUCAGAGGCGGAAACAAGAAGGGAAACAGUCAAAAACCGCAGCGACGGCAGUCGAAUAUCGACGAGAUUCCGGCAGAUGUGGGCAAACUCCGCGAUAAUCGAAAAGUGCGUCCUUUCUCUUUCUUCUCUUUUUGCUCAUUUCAUCAUUUCCUCUCAGGGCCGUCACAACUCUCUGUUCGUCUCCCCAACAUCUGGCACGUCCACGGUCUCCGACGUCUCCGAUUUCUCGCGAAUAACAAGCAUGACGAGCGAUCGGAGCAGUGUCGUGACGAGCAACAGCGGUGGCGGAGACUCGGCCGACGGAGCAAUCAUUCCGGAUUACGCGACCGGCGACGAGGAAGAGGACAAACGGCUCAAGAAGUUGCACUACGCGGCCGUAGAGUUUCAGAAGGUGCAGACGAAUUAUGUGCAGUAUUUGAAGGAAAUGGCCGUGGUGAGCAUUUUAACUGGAACUUUUUCAUCGUGGUUCGUUCUAUUCAGCUGUAUCCCGAGUACAUGGAACGAUUUGGCAAGCGCUUCGGCCGCGACCUCCUCGCUCCCACCAACGGGCACGAGAACGUCGUUCUCCAAAUCAAGAAGAUCAUGGUACAAAUCUUGCCUCUUCACGAGAUGCUCCUCAAAGAGAUCGACAAAGUGUGCUCGAACUGGGACUCCCGACAUCCGAAUAUGAGCAACGUGAUCGCGAUGUACGCGGACUUCCUCAAGUGUUGCCAGCCGUUCCUCGAUAAUAAGGCGGACUUUCUGACGAAGUUGUUGCAGUUGAGAAACGAAGACAAGGAAUUUGAUGAGGCCACUCUCAUGGUGAUCAUUCGCGUAAUUAAAUGCCCAACAUGCGUUAUUUUUUUAAGUUCGAGACGGAAGUGUUCAAAAGAGGGAAAAAGGGCGCGGUCAUCCAACAACUCGAUCAAGUCCAUCAGAAUUUCAUGCGCUACAAACUGCUGAUGCUCCGAUACUCAGAAUACCUCGUAGACGGAUCCGACGAGAAGAACGAUGCGCAGGGAGCCAUCGAAAAGUUGGAGAGAAUGACGCAGGCGGUCAAUCAGAAGAUGGGUCUUCCGACGACCGAAGAGCUCACCAAACUGUACUACAGGUUCCAGGUAAAAUGAAAUUCACAGAAUUCCGAAAACAACUUCGAGUCUUUCAGUGCCAAUUCAACGUUCUCGAGCCGGGAAGAGUGCUGAUCCGUCAGGCAGACGUUCUGAAGCAGACACGGAAAGAAGAGCAGCCCCGAUUCCUGAUACUCUUCACCGAUUCGCUCUGGAUCUGCCGCGUUUCGAAGGGUGGACAGUUCGAUAUGAACCGAUCGUACCGCAUUCCCAUGGAACACAUUCGAGCGGACAAACCGGAGAGUGACGAGUACUCGAAGGCUCUCAAGAUACAGAGCAGAGUGAAGAGUGCGAUGAUUAUAUUCGCAUCGGAAAAGGAGCGCGAUCUGUGGCUGGACGACAUCCGAAAAGCGUAUUUCGAUCGGAGAGAGUACAAACGGAGGUUUUCGAAAGAGAAUAUGAGGGUCGACGUGAACAGAGCCAAGAUGAAGAAGCUCAAGAUGCUCGCGGAGAACAACAUCAAAGAGGAGGAGCACCAGGAGAACGAGGAGCGGCCCGGAGCUCUCAUGGCGUUUAGAAACUCCCGGAGCACUUCGAUGAGCGGUUCGCAAGACGAGCUCUCUUCCGUGCCCGUCACCCCCUGCGAUACGGACAUGUGCCCCGACUUCGGCGACGAAAUUCCGGUAAAAAACGGAAAGAAGAAGGUGGUUGACUCUGCGAAGCCCGUCUGGCUGCCGGAUAACAUGUCGAGCGAGUGUCUGAUGGAAGGAUGCUCCACCGAGUUCAAUCUGAUCAAUCGGAGACAUCACUGCAGGGAUUGCGGAUGGGUAAGACAUCCUUCAAGAAGGGUUUUAUGAAAGUUCGCAGCUUUCAGUUGAUCUGCAAGUAUUGUAAAGGACAGGCUCCGCUCUCGAAGUACGACUAUCAGAAGCAGAUUGUGUGUCCCGAAUGUUUCGACAAGAUAUUUGCGACAUGUAAGUUUUAUUUGAACUUUUGUGCAUACUAUUCGUCAAUCAGUUUCAGACAAGGACGGCUACUUGUUCCCGAUGAGAUGUGUCGUGCAACAGAGCGACGGAACGGCCCUCGUCAGAAUCGGAAAGAAAGACGGCGAUCAGGAGCUCGUGGAUCCUCGGAAGCUCUUCAAAGCGCCGUUUAAUUGUGGAUUCAAGAAGCGGAACGUGGAGGAAAAGAGAGCGAGCAGCAUUGUAUUCGGAAAGAUAUAUCUGAGGUAGGGUACCGUAGUCUUGUUGGACCAGACGAGAGAGGUUACUGGACUAUUGUAUCUUUAGACACCGCAAAUCCGAAGUUGUCCGCCACGCGCUUCUCCGCCGCGACGACCUCAAACUGGUGAUUUACAAGGCGGAACUCGACUCGAAAGCGGUGCUCGAAGUGCUCAUUUAUGGCUAUUUCUACCGGGAAACAAGGCUCGAAUCGCCCGGCGGAUGGCUCUUCGAACUGGUGCAUCGGAAUCAGAUUCGGACGGACGACACGAAGGACGACGUCAUCGCAUUCCGGGUGGACAACAGCGCCAGCGCGAAGAAGUGGUCGGCCGCGUUCGCAGACAAACUCGAGCAAGAUCCGACUCAAGUGCACAGCGAAUAA